AAACGCAUUCGGGCAACGGCGGGCUCCUAUAUAAACAGUUAAACUCUCCGGUUCCCUCUUCAAUUUUUUUGUUAUCGUUGCCUAGACUGACUCAUCGAAGGAAUUCAAAGAUAAAAAUAUGGCGGGAUCAUUGGCACUAGUAGCGAGUGAGCUAUCAGAGAAACCAGUUUCCACCAUUAAAGACCAGUGGCAGGUCUCAUUCUCUCGCUUUAUCAUCUAUCCCACCGUCCCUUCCACUUGUCCCUCCCUCGUUCCUCGCCGCAACAAUCGGCGAUACCGUUCGAACCGGGGUACCUGGAUCUCCUCUCACUCCCCAAACGCGUCUCUGCAACUCCUCAACUAUUACUCCAGCUCCGAUGCGAUCCUCUCCGUCUGUUUCUGCGACAAGAUGCUUGAAGAGCACUAUGUUUCCAAGCUGCAUUUCACAUGGCCACAAGUGUCAUGUGUCUCUGGAUAUCCUCCUAGGGGUAGCAGAGCUGUAUUUGUGAGUUAUAAAGACUCUGUUGGCGAGAUCCAGAAGUUUGCUUUGCGAUUUUCAGUGAUUUCUGAAGCAGAGAGAUUCAUAAAUGCUUUGAAGGAUAUCUUGAAGGAAGUCUCUGAAAAUGAACUCCUGAAUGGUGACUCUCCAUCUGAAAUUUCAUCCCGAUCUGUUUUCAUGUCUACUAAUGAACCCUCGUCUAGAGCCUGCGAAGAGGAAUCAAGUGUUAUGGCCCCAGAUCAAACUUACUCUCCUCAACUUCCAUCGAGUUUGAACUAUGAUGUUGGGCAAGAGUCACAGGAAACACAACCGAGUCACAAAUCUGAAGUCACUUCUUGUGCCUUGCCUCCCAGCUUUGCUUCAUUUCUGACCAACUGCUGCUCUGAGAUCAAAAAAGAUGCAAGCCAGCACAGUUCAUCUGAAGACAUCGAUCUCAAAUCUCAAAUUGCGAGAUACAUGGAAGAUUCCUCCUUCCAAGAAAUGUUGUUUAAAGUGGAGAAAGUUAUCAGUGAAAUUGGAGAUGGAUUGCUGCUGUAGUUAUCUGUUGGGAGUAUCACAUGUAAAGAGUUCAAAAUUUUGUCCUGUUCCCCAAUGAGAACUGGUCUUUACUGCAUUCAACAAGCCGUGUUCAAAGUAAACUCUGCCUAUAUACCUUUUCUUUUUGAGAAUAUCCUAUAUACCUUCUCUGUUUUGAGAAUUUUGUAAAUAAUACCCAAAUUGCAUUUUAUAGCUAA